UCCUCGGCUGAUCAAGAGGCAGAUCAGAGCACAGAAAUGCAUUUGGAGGCAGGGAGGGGAAGGAAACUGUUAUCAAAAGAGGCAAAAUGGAAUAAAUUUAUUUUAGCUAGAAAGAACAGGUCUGAAUCUGGUCUUCUGCUAUGGAGCUGGAAAGCUGUGGCAUUGAGGAGGAUUUGAUCUCCAGAAAAGAGAGUCGAGCUUGUUGAAUCUUCCAGAGAUGAAGGGUAAGCCCUUUGUUUGUCCUCCUGAGCUAUUUUCUUAGCUCCCUCUGCUACUGUUUUCAUUAAGUUGCCCUGAUUAUAGGACAAAAGAGCCACAGACAUCUCAGAUGAGAGAGUUUAUAUCGUGCAUUCAGUCCUCUGCUCCUUUAGGGAGGAAUGCUUAGACAGUGGGUUGAUUAAACGUGUACUGGAAAGUGUGUAGCAUAUUGGUGACGUGAUGCCAAGUUUAUUGAAAUCAUGUCAGAUGUAGCACUGUGGACUCCUCUUGAUUUAUUUAUAUAUUUUGGCCACUGAAUUUGAUUGCAGCUAAAAGAGAAGACAGAAGGGCGCCUCAGUUGGUUAAGCGCCUGACUUCGGCUCAGGUCAUGAUCUCAGGGUCCUGGGAUCGAGCCCCGCAUCGGGCUCCCUGCUCAGCGGGGAGCCUGCUUCUCCCUCUGCCCCUCCCCCUGCUUAUAUUUUCUCUCAAAUACAUAAAAUCUUAAAAAAAAGAGAGAGAGAGGAAACAAAAAGGAGAAAUAGGCUGACUGCUUCGAACAAACCUUUCCUAUUGUCAACACCUGGACAAGGCUAACCCAGAAUUUCUUGACCAGUCCUCAGCUUUGUGGGGCUAGGUAACAGAAUUUUAUCUCCACUGCCUGGGGUAACCAGGCCUAGGGCAACCAAAACACAACUUCCCAAAACUCAUAGGUGACUGAAGGCAUGUGUACAAGCAUGCCCAUUUGCCAGUUAACAACAGGCUAUUUCUCUCUGGCCAGAUUACAGAUGCAGUUCUUAGCUUAGAACCUUUGUGGUGGGCAUUCCUUUAAAGUGGCCUUCUUACAGAUUUGGAUCACAAGCUAGCUUAGUAAGCAAAGAAUUAGAACAAAGGCAAUUAGAUGUUUUUGAGAAACACUAUCAUUAGCUAGGGUAGCUGGAUUUGUUUCCCUUCUCCAGAUCAGGAUGUCUAGAAAAUCAGGAUUGGGGCUUUCAAAUCAGAGAAGAAUCUCCUUUGAACCAGCUGGAUAUACCCUAAAAAUUCUUGUUUCUUGGCCUAUCUUUAACUAGACUCCAUACAAUGUACUUCGGAUAUCAAAUUGGAUAUGUUAGAUGAUUGGAUUAACUUACAACUUCAUUUGCAUUAAAUACAUUCCAGUUCUGAAGAUAGAUCCUAAUUGAUCACCUUGAUUAGACUGAGAAACUCUAGUCUCAAAACCUAUUCUCCUAGGGAGUGCCUCAAGAAGCAUUCUAGUCUCUGUAUCUCCAUUUAUAAAUUGCCUCUUAAUUUGAAUUAUUUGGCAAGUGGCUAAAAGCAUCUGUUCUUUAUUGAUUUUGAUGGAUUCCAUUUCAGAGAGUGACUUUUUCUGACCUUGUUACCAAAUUCAAGGGAAAGACACCAUAAUGUUAACCCUCCUAAACAUGACCAAAAUAGUAAAAAGUUUCCAAAUUUAUAUUUACAAAUAUAUUUUAAAUAAAUAUAUAUUUAUUUUUUAAUAAAUAUGGAUAUAUAUGUGUAAAUAUACAUAUAUAUAUCCAUCCUUGGGAAAGAGCAUGAGAAUUAGGAACUUCAGGAUAGGGUCGCCUGGCUGGUUCAGUCAGAGGGGCAUGUGACUCUUGAUCUUGGGGUCAUGAGUUCGAGCCCCACGAUGGCUAUAGAGAUUACUAAAAAAAAUAAGUAAACUUAAAAAAAAGAACUUAAGGAUAAUAAAAAUAUAAAACCAGAAAAAGCAAAGAACAGCAACUGCCUUCAGCUCAGGUCAUGAUCCUGGAGUCCCAGGAUCGAGUCCCGCAUCGGGCUCCCUGCUCAGUGAGGAGCCUGCUUCUCCCUUUGACCCUCCCCCUUCUCAUGUACUCUCUCUCAUUCUCGCUCUCUCAAAUGAAUAAAUAAAUCUUUAAAAAAAAAAAAAGAAAGAGACACGGAAUUCCAUGGCAGGUGGUAGGAACAACAGUGCCGCCUCCGUCUACAGGGCCUGUGAGUUGUGUCUGGUCCUAUGUAAUACGUAAUAGCAGUGUCCUCAGGCCUGCUCCCACCUCUGCCCUUCCUCCAAGGCCACCUUCUCUCUGCUGCCCUUCCAGUCUGCUCCCUUUUCUGUCCUACUGAACUUCCCUUGGCCUCUCACCUUUGCUUUCUUCCAUUGCCCAGCCGUCUGCCACCCAGACUCCCCGGGAUCAUCCAUGUGGUCUUUUACUUGGCCCCAUCCCGCCUUCUCUCCCUCCUUUCCCUUCCUGGUUUCUUGCUCCUGUCUCCAGGCCUGCUGUCCACAGCUCCUUGGCCUACAGAGGAUGGCUCUAUAGCAAGAGACAAGGCUGCAGCCAAGCCCCAUGUCUACUGCCUGAGCAUCGACUGCCCGUUCAGGUGACUUCUCAUGGGGAGUCUUCUGGAGAGUCUCCCUCUCUGCCGUGUGGUUCCUCCUCCUCAGCAUGUGCCCUUCUACAGGCCUUCUGUUCCUUAAUCAGAAAUCUUGUGACCUUCACUUUGCUCCUUACCAUCUCUCCAUACUUGCUAAUACUCCUUUCCUCUCUUCACCUCUCUCCUCCAUUCUUUUACCUUUCCUGUGGCUCUGCUCACCCAUCUACAUAGAAGGGCCGAGGUGCCAGGGACUGGAGGUUAGCAAAGCAAAUCACAGCAAAAGCCACUCACUGAGUGUCCACUCUGUGCCAGAUGUUGUGCCAGGCACUGAGAACACAGCAGUGAACAAAGCGACCGAACCCUUACCCUCAGGGGAAGCUUACAUUGUACUGGAAGGAGACCGGCAAUAAGGAAGGUAAUACAGGAGAUAGAAUGUCAAGUGACGUUAAAUGCUAUGGGGGAAACUUAAGUCAGGAAGGUGGAUGCAGACCGUACAGGGAUGGGAGCUCUACGGUUAGGUCAGUUGCUUAGAGAAGGCCACACUGAGAAGGCGAUAUUUGCGUAAAGAUCAGAAGGAGGUGAGGGAGUGACCAGGACGAUAUUUGGGGGAAGAGCAUUCCAGACAGAGCCAGUGGCACAUGCACAGGCCUGGAGCCGAGAGUGUGUCUGGCAGGUUUGAGGACAGGCCGGGAGGCCAGGGUGGCUCCAGGGCAGUGAGCGAGAGGGAAGGGGAGCCGCUGGGGCAGGGUGGGGUGUGCUGGGCCCCUCUGAGCAGGGGGGCAGCACCUUCAGCUUAUUUUUGUGAAGUGCCUUGAGGCCAAAUGGAUGAAUGCUGUAAAAUCGGAAAUGCCUAUAGCCCAAAGGAGUUGUGUACCCAGCCACCUUUUUUCCUCCAUCAGAAUGAAGUGGUAAGCCCCAUCUCCUCACCACCCCUCUUCCCUGGAAAGCAAAGGUGUUGAUCUUGAUCUGCCCUCAUCGGCCCCCCUACUCCCCCCCCCACCCCACCCCCGCCACACUGUCUGUGAGAGCCUGCACCUGCCCGCGAUGCUCAGCAGCACGUUGCUGAGCUGGAGAGAUGGCUGAGGAAGCGGAAAGUGGUUCGACUGGGAGCAAUGAGUAGGGGGAUGAUUCAUCUGACCUGUACAAAGCCCGAUUGGCUUCUGUAGUUUUGCACAGAAAUCCCAGAUCUCAGCCGGAAUGUCAGUGAUGCGAAGAGUGAGGCACCCAAGAGGCUGAUGACCCGCCCUAGAUUACAUAUCCAUUGGAAGGUUCUGCUGUCUUGGUUUUAGGGAGUACCCUAUACAGCGAGCAGCCCCUCGGCGUGCCGCAGUCGGGGGAAGACUUCCAUCGCCUCGGCGGUUUUGCAGAAUGCCGGUGCAGCUGACGACAGCCCUGCGUGUGGUGGGCACCAGCCUGUUUGCCCUGGCGGUGCUGGGUGGCAUCCUGGCAGCUUACGUGACGGGCUACCAGUUCAUUCACACAGAAAAGCACUACCUGUCCUUCGGCCUGUACGGGGCCAUCCUGGGCCUGCACCUGCUCAUCCAGAGCCUGUUUGCCUUCCUGGAGCACCGGCGGAUGCGGCGGGCAGGCCGGCCGCUCAAAGUCCCCGCUGCCCCGUCGCGGCGCUCGGUGGCACUCUGCAUCGCCGCCUACCAGGAGGACCCCGACUAUCUGCGCAAGUGCCUGCGCUCAGCCCAGCGCAUCGCCUUCCCUGACCUCAAGGUGGUCAUGGUGGUGGAUGGCAAUCGCCAGGAGGACGCCUACAUGCUGGAUAUCUUCCAUGAGGUGCUAGGCGGCACUGAGCAGGCUGGCUUCUUUGUGUGGCGCAGCAACUUCCAUGAGGCGGGGGAAGGGGAGACGGAGGCCAGCCUGCAGGAGGGCAUGGACCGCGUGCGGGAUGUGGUGCGAACCAGCACCUUUUCGUGCAUCAUGCAGAAAUGGGGAGGCAAGCGAGAGGUCAUGUACACGGCUUUCAAGGCUCUUGGCGAUUCAGUGGACUACAUCCAGGUGUGUGACUCUGACACUGUGCUGGAUCCAGCCUGCACCGUCGAGAUGCUUCGAGUCCUGGAGGAAGACCCCCAAGUAGGGGGAGUUGGAGGAGAUGUCCAAAUUCUCAACAAGUAUGACUCGUGGAUCUCCUUCCUGAGCAGUGUGCGGUACUGGAUGGCCUUCAAUGUGGAGCGGGCCUGCCAGUCCUACUUUGGCUGUGUGCAGUGCAUCAGUGGGCCUUUGGGCAUGUACCGCAAUAGCCUCCUCCAGCAAUUCCUGGAGGAUUGGUACCAUCAGAAGUUCCUCGGCAGCAAGUGCAGCUUUGGAGAUGACCGCCACCUCACCAACCGGGUCCUGAGCCUCGGCUACCGGACUAAGUAUACAGCGCGCUCCAAGUGCCUCACAGAGACCCCCACCAAGUACCUCCGGUGGCUCAACCAGCAGACGCGCUGGAGCAAGUCUUACUUCCGGGAGUGGCUCUACAACUCUCUGUGGUUCCAUAAGCACCACCUCUGGAUGACCUACGAAUCGGUGGUCACAGGUUUCUUCCCCUUCUUCCUCAUCGCCACGGUCAUACAGCUUUUCUACCGAGGCCGCAUCUGGAACAUUCUCCUCUUCCUGCUGACAGUGCAGCUGGUGGGCAUUAUCAAAGCUACCUAUGCCUGCUUCCUUCGGGGCAAUGCAGAAAUGAUCUUCAUGUCCCUCUAUUCCCUUCUCUAUAUGUCCAGCCUCCUGCCAGCCAAGAUCUUUGCCAUUGCUACCAUCAACAAGUCUGGCUGGGGCACUUCUGGCCGAAAAACCAUCGUGGUGAACUUCAUUGGCCUCAUCCCUGUGUCCAUCUGGGUGGCGGUCCUUCUAGGGGGACUGGCCUACACAGCUUAUUGCCAGGAUCUGUUCAGUGAGACAGAGCUAGCCUUCCUGGUUUCUGGGGCCAUCCUGUACGGCUGCUACUGGGUGGCCCUCCUCAUGUUGUAUCUGGCCAUAAUCGCCCGGCGAUGUGGGAAGAAGCCAGAGCAGUACAGCUUAGCUUUUGCUGAGGUGUGACGCAGCCCCCCAAGCAGAGUGGGAAAAGUGC